GAAAGAGCGCCUGCGCGUGUCUGUUUAUUUGUGUGUGCGUCCGUCUGCGUGUGCGCGCUCAGCGGCGCGCGCUGUGUGUGGGUGUUAAGAUAAUGAAUUUUUGUUCCUAGGUUAUGCUUUGCCGGGUCGUAAUAAGAUGUAACUAUUUUUUCCCAUACCAAAAUCCUGAAGAAAAAGGACAAAGAUCACUAUUACAUUACUCCAUUAACAAAUUGCUUUAAAAGCCAGGCAAAUGUGAUAUUUUGGAAGUAGAAACAGAUAAAAACCUGCACCGGGACUGACUGGAUUUUCCUGCCUGGAAUAGACCCAUCAGCACACCUGCAAAGGGGAGGGUCAUGACCCAGUUGCCAUGCGCAUCGUCACGGUGACCAGCCUUUCCAGCCCCUCUCCCCUCCUCCUCUUGCUGGGCCAGCUGCUGUUGUGGCUCCUCCUACCUAGGCCAGGAUUGGCAGGGGCUGCUUCAUCUUGCCCCGGCCUCUGUAGUUGUUCAAAUCAGGCCAGUCGAGUCAUUUGUACACGACGGAAUUUGGAGGAGGUGCCAGAAAGUAUAUCUAUCAACACACGAUACCUCAACCUGCAGGAGAAUUCCAUACAGGUGAUCAAAUCGGAUACCUUCAGGCACCUGAGACAUCUGGAGAUUUUGCAGCUGUCAAAGAACCAGAUUCAGCAGAUUGAGGUGGGGGCCUUCAACGGGCUACCAAACCUCAACACCCUGGAACUCUUUGACAAUCGACUCACCCUGGUCCCAUCCCAGGCCUUUGAGUACCUCAGCAAACUCCGUGAGCUAUGGUUACGCAACAACCCCAUAGAGACGCUGCCUGGCUACGCCUUCCACCGUGUGCCCUCCCUGCGGCGGCUCGACCUGGGAGAGCUCAAGAAGCUCGAUUACAUUUCCGAUGCUGCCUUUGUGGGACUGGUGAACCUACGCUACCUGAAUCUUGGCAUGUGUGGCCUGAAGGACAUUCCCAACCUCACACCGCUCAUCCGGCUGGAGGAGCUGGAAUUGUCUGGCAACCGUCUAGAGAUCAUCAGGCCCGGGUCCUUCCAGGGUUUGGUGUCCCUUCGCAAGCUCUGGCUCAUGCACUCCCAGGUGUCCGUUAUUGAGCGCAAUGCCUUUGACGACCUCAAGAAUCUGGAGGAGUUGAACCUGUCACACAACUCCCUGCACUCGCUACCACAUGACCUGUUCACCCCGCUACACCAGCUGGAGAGGGCACACUUGAACCACAAUCCUUGGGUGUGCAACUGUGACGUGCUGUGGCUAAGCUGGUGGCUGAAGGAGACAGUGCCCAGUAACACCACCUGCUGCGCUCGCUGCCAUGCACCACCCGUGCUAAAGGGAAGGUAUAUUGGGGAGCUGGACCAGAGCCACUUCACUUGCUAUGCACCCGUGAUUGUGGAGCCGCCAACUGACCUGAACGUCACGGAGGGAAUGGCGGCCGAGCUCAAGUGCCGAACAGGAACCUCGAUGACAUCGGUGAAUUGGAUCACACCCAAUGGCACCCUCAUGACCCAUGGCUCCUACAGGGUCAGAAUCUCAGUGCUGCAUGACGGCACACUCAACUUCACCAACGUCACGCUCCGGGACACGGGGCAGUACACAUGCAUGGUGACCAACUCUGCAGGCAACACCACAGCAACUGCCGUGCUCAACGUGACCGCUGCCGACGUCAGCAUCAACUACACCUACUUCACCACUGUCACCGUGGAAACCGUGGAGACUAAUGGAGAGGAGAAUUCAGCCCGGCAGGAAAUAAAUGAGACUUUCAUCCGGAUUCCUGGAUCCACUGCUUCUGUAGAUAUUUGGGGUGCUGGAACAACUCUGGCAACAACAUCUUCUUCAAUCUCAUCUUCCUGGUCCUCCUCUUCUCCCAGAGCUACUAAGUCUACAGAGAAGGCCUUUACUGUACCUGUUACCAACAUGCCUGACCUCGAUGACGUCAUGAAGACCACCAAAAUUAUCAUCGGCUGUUUUGUGGCCAUCACUUUUAUGGCUGCAGUGAUGCUGGUCGUUUUCUAUAAGCUGCGGAAGCAGCACCAGCUGCACAAGCACCACGGCCCAGCGAGAGCUAUCGAGAUCAUCAAUGUGGAGGACGAGAUUGGUGGCGGGGGAAGUGGUGGGCGAGGUAGUGGGAUCUCCGGGGGAACCACCAUGCAUUCUGGGAGUGUGGGAACCACAGGUGGUGGGCAAAGUCUGCGGUUACACCAUCCUGAACUUGUCAACCUCCCCAACCUAGCUAAAGCUGACCAUCUUAACCACUAUUACAAGACACAUCAUUUCAACAACAACAUGAUGGGCUUGGGCAUUGGGGCAGGGCCUACAGGAGGGGGGGCGCUCAACAACAACAACAACCCCUCUCCGCUCUCCCCACCCUCCCAGACCCCUCCCAUAUCCUGCAGCCAGGUCCCAAUGCCCUCUUCCAGCUUGCAGACCCCCUCCGGAAACAGUGCCAGCUCCAACACCAUGCCCACCCCCCUGCCCCCGCUGAGCCUCCAUGGCUCCCUGAAGGGCCUGAUGGGAAAAGGCCAGAAGCCUCAGAUCGAGCCGCUGCUGUUUAAGAGCAGCUCCAAGGAGAAUGUCCAGGAGACGCAGAUCUGAGAGGGGGACAGAGAGAGAACAGAGAGUACUGCUUCUUCUGAUGGCACAGGUUGGGAGGUGAUUGGCAUGGGGGGGGGGUGGGAGCAUCCAAUACAGUUUGAACAUAGAGACACUGCUGUGCAUUGGCAGAGCGCCCCCCUGCCAGCAGAUUCCAAGGGCCGGUACUGUGUGCACUCAAACGGGACAGUGUGAUGCACUGGCACUCUGCUGAUGCGAGUGCUCGUAAAAAACCAGUGAGAUUAAUCUGUGGACCUUUCAACAAGGCGAGCUAUCUGUGCCACCGCAGUGCUGAACUGUGCCAAAGUGAGCAGAGGAAGGACAAAAACAAGCCUUUUCAUUUAGUUUGCAUAUCAGCACCCUGGAGCCACCAGGGUGGGCCAGAAACACUGAGGCGUAUUUUACAGUACUACAGUACUACUCCCAUACUACAGUACUACAGUACUACUCCCAUACUACAGCCCAUAUCAGCCACGUUGACAGAACACAGACCUAUUCCAGACCACAGGACUGUACUUCGACACAUAAUACAGCCCAUUUGACAGAACACAGACAUAGUUUAUAUCACAGGCCUGUACUACAACCCAUAAUACAGCCCCUUUGACAGAACACAGGCCUAGUCCAGACCAUAGGAUGGUACUACAACCCAUAAUACAGCCCCUUUGACAAAACACAGGCCAAGUCCAGACCAUAGGAUGGUACUACAGCCCAUAAUACAGUCCCUUUGACAGAACACACGCCUAGUCCGGACCACAGGAUGGUACUACAGCCCAUAAUACAGUCCCUUUGACAGAACACAGGCCUAGUCUGGACCACAAGAUGGUACUACAGCCCAUAAUACAGUCCCUUUGACAGAACACAGGCCUAGUCCAGACCAUAGGAUGGUACUACAGCCCAUAAUACAGUCCCUUUGACAGAACACAGGCCUAGUCCAGACCAUAGGAUGGUACUACAGCCCAUAAUACAGUCCCUAUAAGAGAACACAGGCCUAGUCCGGACCACAGGAUGGUACUACAGCCCAUAAUACAGUCCCUUUGACAGAACACAGGCCUAGUCCAGACCAUAGGUUGGUACUACAGCCCAUAACACAGUCCCUUUGACAGAACACAGGCCUAGUACAGACCACAGGAUGGUACUACAGCCCAUAAUUCAGUCCCUUUGACAGAACACAGGCCAAGUCCAGACCAUAGGAUGGUACUACAGCCCAUAAUACAGUCCCUUUGA